GCCACUCCGAAGGAGGGACUUAUAAAACGAACUCCUCUUCAGUACUUGCAAACUAUCACCAAUCUUACAUUUACCAAUUAAAAAUUUCUUGAAAACUUCCCAUCCGCCCUGCUAUAGAAGUGUUCCGGUACAACACCGUCAAAACAAGUAUCCGCGCGCAGAGCCGGGCGAUUCAUUGUACCUUCACUUUGCGCCUAGAUCAGGUGCUCAUAAUAUACAUGCAGUACAUGAUCUCGACAUAGCUCGGUAUUGCAACUCGCCUGGAUAGAGUAUGUACGCCUUUCGGCCGUUGGUAAACGUAUUGCAGCGCCCUACUCACGUCACCAAGGUACUCGUCUUAUGGGCGCAACAUGAAGAGUGAGCUGGAGGCGCUUUACGGCUUUUAAUAAGCCAGGUCUUCUUCACCAACGUAGCUCUUCACCAAACAGAUUUCUCAUACAAGCUUUAUUUCCUUGAAUCUCUAGAGCGUUGAUCCGCUGCCAAUCCCAAUUUACCAUGCUACUCUCGAUUAGAUCAAUCUUAGUCUUGGCGAUUGUCGCUUGCGGCUUCGCGGCCGCUGACUUGGCCACCGACCAAAGGAAAAAGUGCACUUUCGGCUGCACCAGGUCUAACCCCCUAAUGAGGGAAGCAGGUUGCGCCCGCAAAGCUGGUUACAACUCACAGACCAAGCAGGACUCUUACUUGUUGAAGAAAGCAAACCCAACAGAAGGCCAUCCGGGAUAUUAUAAUUGCCUCGGUACCGGUAUGGAACAGACAGUCUGCUGUUGGAACCACAAAAUCAUCAUCCCGCCGAAUUCGAUCCUCAAGGCGAUGGUCGUUGACGGCACCGGCGAGAUGACAUUCAACAAUCUUUGCCAUAUCAGUCCUCCAAUGUCAAGUACAUGGGGCGACCCAACCGACUGUCAGUAG